AAUGUCAUUAAACACGUCAAUGUUGCUGAAAUGCUUGUUUGAUGAAAACAUGCGAUUUAUUCUAUAAAUAAAUUGAAAAGGCUUCGUUAAACUGACGAAAACUACGACAAUAUUCAUGUCGGUCACUAAAGUAAUCUAAUAAAAGUGUGAUUUUGGGACUUGUGCUAGAUCAUAGUUUUGUAACGAUGUCUAUGCCACAUAGCAGCUCUAGUACGACGAGUUCGAGCACGAAACGCAAAGAAAUAUACAAAUAUCAAGCACCAUGGCCGUUGUAUUCGAUGAACUGGUCCGUGCGUCCUGACAAACGAUUCAGACUGGCCCUUGGCAGCUUUGUAGAAGAAUAUAACAAUAAGGUACAAAUAAUAUCACUGGAUGAAGAGACAAGUGAAUUCAGUGCCAAAAGCACGUUUGACCACCCCUACCCCACCACGAAGAUCAUGUGGAUUCCGGACAGUAAAGGGGUGUACCCAGAUCUACUAGCUACCAGCGGCGACUACCUCCGCAUAUGGCGCGCUGGAGAACCGUACACCCUUUUCGAGUGCGUUCUAAACAACAACAAGAAUUCUGACUUCUGCGCACCGCUCACCUCGUUUGACUGGAACGAGGUAGACCCCAACCUCAUCGGCACCAGCUCCAUUGACACCACUUGCACUAUCUGGGGGCUGGAGACGGGGCAGGUGUUGGGACGAGUCAACGAGGUCUCCGGACAUGUUAAGACGCAGCUCAUCGCACAUGACAAGGAGGUGUACGACAUCGCGUUCAGCCGCGCGGGCGGCGGGCGGGACAUGUUCGCGUCGGUGGGCGCGGACGGCUCCGUGCGCAUGUUCGACCUGCGCCACCUCGAGCACUCCACCAUCAUCUACGAGGAUCCGCAGCACACGCCGCUGCUCCGUCUGGCGUGGAACAAGCAGGACCCGAACUACCUGGCCACCGUUGCCAUGGACGCGUGCGAAGUCAUCAUACUCGACGUGCGCGUGCCCUGCACGCCCGUCGCGCGCCUCAACAACCACCGCGCCUGCGUCAACGGCAUCGCCUGGGCGCCCCACAGUUCAUGUCACAUCUGCACCGCGGGCGACGACCACCAGGCGCUGAUCUGGGACAUCCAGCAAAUGCCGCGCGCCAUUGAAGACCCCAUCCUGGCUUACACCGCCGCUGAGGGCGAAGUCAACCAGAUACAGUGGGGCGCCACGCAGCCUGACUGGAUCGCGAUAUGCUACAACCGCCACACUGAGAUACUGCGCGUGUAGAAUGGAUAAGUGAUUACACUUGAUGUGGCAAACAUUGAGAAUAUUGGCUCCAAGUUGUAGCCUUAGGGAGAAGCCACACAGUGAACAUGGCAAACAUUUUGCCGCGUCACUGUACACAUGUGGAAUACGGCGCCGCAAUACGGCACCGUCUCGCUCAAUCGAAGUGCGGUGGGCCUGCGAUGCGGCGCCGGAACGCACCGUCUGGCAUAUCAUUGAUUUUAUAUGCAGGACGCCGCAGCGACACCGCUCCGGCGCCGCGCCGCGCCGCGACCGCACCGCAUCGUGUGACUUCUCCCUUACAUCCUAUACGCCAACGUGUAGAUCUUGACCUUAUUAUGUCCAACCGAUCUAUACAUCAUUGGUGUAUUGGAUUCAAGACUAAAUUGGAGCCAAUAUAUCCAAUGCAUAGCGCUGGUAAGACGCGACGCUUGCACCAACAGCAAAAAUUAGUAACAAGCUGUUCAGAAUAAAAAAUUGACAUCUGUUAAGAAAGUCUGGGCGCCUAUUUCGAAUUUCUCAUAAAUUAUUCGUAUAUUACUUCGUCAACUACUUAUAUCUCUUACUCACUCUCACUCUCUGAAACCUAUCAAUUUUCAACAAAUCUAUUCUAUCAAUUUUCAACAAAUCUAUUUAAAUAAUUGUUUACAUAAUUUUUUUUUGCUGUUGGUCCAACUAUAGAUAAAAUUAUUUACCACCUAGUAAUGGUAACACUUGUAAUGUUAGACGACAAAUAUCGCCGUUUGUGAGCGCGUUUUAAAUGAAAAAAAUAAAUGGAAAGAUUCUAUGUAGAUAAUAAUGACAAAAGAUCAAAAAAAAUAAUUCACAUCAAAAAUACUUCAUAAUGUUAACUUGCUUUUACUCGAACUUCAUUAAAUCAACAUAUUUGUGCGGAUUUUGAAUGAAAAAAUGCGCUGUUUGAUGGAACUUAGUUCAAGGGAUAAGUUCCAGGAUUGUGUGUCGUCUCAAAAUGUAUUUAUAAGUGAAAAUGAUUUGCAAUAAUGUGUGAUAAAGCAGGCCCUAACGGCUGCUACGUGCUAAGUAAAGAAUUGACAAAAGUGGGACAGAGAAACUAUUCAUUCUUUGUUUCGGGCUUACGACUAGGCUAAUUUUUAGUCAAUAAUUUAUUUUAGCACUUAUUCAUUAAGGACGUAGCACACUUGUCAACACGGAAAGGGAUCGUAACCGUAUCAACUCGAAGCGGUCAGUAUUAUUUAUUAUGAAACUCCAUGCUGCACAUUUAACCGCACCGUUACAUAACGCCUCGUCUCGCAGUUGACAGCUCGUGAAAGGAAAUACGGCGUUGAUCCCUUUCCGAGUUGAUAAGUCUGCUAUGACCUAUUCUAUAUUAAAUCACCUUCAUAAAUAAUAGCGUGUAGUAUCAGUAUUAGAAGUAAGAACAUAGAAACUAUUUUAAUACAACUAAAAUCAUUUUCGUAUUAUGUGACCAUGUUUCUCUGUCCCUUAGAAGAUGAACCAGCAAGAUCUGUUGUGAGCGACGUAUGGUAUAUUUUAAUAGGAUGUAUAUUUUGUAUAAUAGGUCUCAAAAUUAUUGUGUGAAGAGGUUUAGCUACAUCUGACAGCAUCGACCUGUAUACAGGGAGAUACCAAAUAGUAACGAGGCAAGAUUCCAUGUUUAUAAAGAAUAUACAGUAUUUUUUGUAUAUGACCACAUUUAGGUUGAUGCUGCCAAAUGAAAUGGUACUUAUAUGGCAACAUUGUUGUGGCGUGUAGAAAGUAUUGCUGUCCUUUUCGUAAUAGGGGAUAAGAAGAAAACAGCAUUACUUUUAGUGGCUAUUUUGAUUAGUAUCCUGACAUGAUUUGGUAGGGCAUCUUAUUAUGUCCAAUCUCCAUCUAAUACCACGGUCACCCUGUUUUUAAUGUAAGGAAUAUUUUUUCAAAUUAGUUGCUAACUUGUAACUGAUAAAGAUUAAGUAAUAAAAGAAACCAGGGUUAGUUGCCUUAUAAGUACCUACUAAGCUUGCCUUUAUCGAAUUGCAUUUAUAUGGAUAGGUAAAUCCUAUUUUAAAUUAAUAUGUGACCCCAAAAGACUUUUGUUUGUAGGAUUGUUGUGUCAUGUCGAUAUAGACAUGAUUUUGUAUGAUUAUGUUCCUUGACCAUGUAUGUAACAACCAUUCAAAUGCUGGUAUCGAAAUUUUGUUUAAAUAAUUACAAAUAAGAACUAGAUUAAUUAUUAAUUUAUACACAUUAGUAGAAUUAGGUUUCAUAUUAUUGAUAAAAUAAAUUAUGAAACAGA